AUGUCCACACCAAUUACACUCCUGCCACCACCACCACCCACAGAAGUAACCCAACAGGCAUACACAACCCAUUCUGAUCACGGGUCAAUUGGACCCGUCAUUGCUGUUCUUACCGUCAUCACUAUUCUGGGUAUCAUUUCCGCUAUGAUUGGUAGGCUUUGUUCGGGUCGUCGGGUCAUGGGUUAUGGCGAAUACGACAUUGAAUCAUGGAUUGAAACCAAAUGUUCUUCAUGUGUUGGCAGCAGAGUAGACCCUCCUCCUCCACCACCACCAUCAUCGCCUCCGCCGGUGAAUGAACCCGACGCUGCUGAGGAUUCUCAGGAGAUAAGAGAAGAUCAACAGUCUCAACAAGAAUCAAGGCAAAGCUCAGUUGGUCAUAGUAGUAGUUAA